AUGCACCAACAGCCACCCAACUCAGCCACAGCCCCCAACGCGCCGCCGCAAAUCAGCGUGAACGGAACCCAACUGCAAGUGGUGGAGAACUUCCCGUACCUGGGCAGUACACUCUCCCGCAACACCAAGAUCAACGAGGAAGUCGCCAACAGGAUCUCAAAAGCCAGUCAAGCCUUCGGUCGCCUCCAAAGCACAGUUUGGAAUCGCCACGGUCUUCAACUGAGCAUGAAGCUAAAGAUUUACAAGGCCGUCAUCAUGCCAACACUACUGUAUGGAGCGGAGACUUGGACAGUGUACGCAAAGCAGGCACGCCGUCUGAACCACUUCCACCUCAGUUGUCUUCGUCGCAUCCUGAGGUUGAACUGGCAGGAUCGAAUCCCCGACACUGAUGUGCUGGAACGGACGGGAAUCCUCAGCAUCUACGCCAUACUGAGGCAAAUUCAGCUGCGCUGGAGCGGCCACCUGCUGCGCAUGUACGACGAACGACUACCCAAACGACUCUUCUACGGAGAAGUCGCGACGGGUUCUCGUCGUCAAGGAGGCCAGACUCUCCGUUACAAGGAUACCCUGAAGUCCUCCCUCAAGCGCCUGCAAAUCAACACGACCAACUCGAUCGACCGACCUGGAGGAGAACAGUGAAGACAGGCGCAGCGAUCUACGAAGCCAACCGCAUCGCUGCCGCCAAAGCGAAACGCGAAGCCCGCAAAUCACAACUUCGCCCAGUACGCAACGCCGCCGCACAACCUCUUCCAACGUGUUCUCGAUGUCAACGGACAUUCCGGGCUCGAAUCAGACUUGCUGGACAUCUUCGGAUUAACUGCGCCUCUCGAACUGCACCAACCAUCGUCCCUCCGCCCGCCUCUUCCUCCUCCUCUCCGCCGCCAACUAACUCUGACAAUUCUUCUGACCCACCACUUCCAUCCUCCUCUUCCUCCUUGUCCACUGCUCCAACGACGAGCGCUCAAGCGACUGUCCCGCGCGCAACAACCGACACUACCACCACCUCCCCCGACUCCAGCGAUGAGGAUCAGGACUACACCUGCCCUCACUGCGACCGCACCUUCACCUCACACAUCGGCCUGGUCGGUCACUUGAGAAUCCAUCGCACAGAGACUGUCGAACCAGUGCCUGAAGCACCAACCUACACCCUCCGCACUCGCCUCCACUGCCCACACUGCCCUCGCACCUUCAUGCAUCGCAUGGGUCUAUUCGGCCACAUGCGCAUCCACGACGACCUGCAGUAG